UUCCUAAUGUUAACUUGUUGCUUAUAAAUAUAUUAUCUUUAUAUUUUAAUAGUUAUAUUUUAGUUGUUUAUUUUCAUUUUGUUAGUAUAGUUGUUGCAUCUUAAGUAGAACAGCUUUAAUGAUUGUAACAUUUGUAACUUACUGUCGACAAUUUCAAAUUAUUUUGUGGACAAAUUUUUUGCUAUUUUUAGUCGAAUCUACACAGCCCAUCACUGUUCCUUCUACAUCUGCUAUAAGAGUUACAUCUUCAGCACCUACUACAACUAUUCCAUGUGUUCAACCUUCUGCUGGUUGGGUACGACUGGGCAGGAAGAGGGGCGUUUGGCGUGGCAAAUGUCCCGUCCCUUAUGUCAACUUAUACACCACUUAUAUAUGCUGUAAAUAUGUAUGCUCCAAACUUUCUACAACUGAUAAUAAAACUCCAUUCCAUAGAAUUUGUUUGUAAUGAUUAAUGUGCCACCACAUAAAUGUAACAAAUAUUAAUAAAGCUAUGGCAAUAAACAUAAUGUUGACACAAAAAUGCCAAAUCUAAAGUUAAAUAAUUCAUCUAAAUCUGAAGAUGCAACUUUGCUUACAUUUAAGGUGCUCCCUUUUCUUAUGAUAGCACCUCUACAGAAGGGCAAGAAGAGUCCAAAAAUGGAUCUUAAUGCAAUUUUGGCUUUAUUUUAUAGAGAAAUGGAUGUACACCUCAGUUUUGAAAGCUCCCUUGAGUUAUUGAAGAAGGAGAAAGUUUUUCUACUGAUUUUAUUCAAAUGUUGCGGCACUCUAUAAUUCAAAUUAUAACUCUAAUUAUAAGUCGAUAAUACAGCUAUACGGUUGGAAGCCAUACCGAGUAUUAGAUUUGCUUUUGAGUUGCUGCUAGUCUCUUAUUAUGUAUUUAAUGUCAAUUUUCCUCAUGAAAUUAUUUGUGUAUAUGGAUUUAUGGGAAAUUUGCUUGGAAUAAACAGCAAAAGAAUUAUCGUCAAUUCCUUUUAAAGAAAGUAUUGCCAAAAGUUUAAGCAAUAUGUUUGUGAAACGAAAAAGUAUUUUUAUCACUUUCUUAUUUAUUUUUGUUAUAUCGUCAGCCGAGAACCAAGAGGCCGUAUGUUUUUUUUUGUGUUUCCAAGAAAAUCAAGUUUUUAAUUUUAAUUCGCGAAGACUUUCUUCCAGAAAAUUCGACUGAUUAUUUAAAUAUUUCCUAAAAUUUUAAUGUUGUGGUAUAUUUAUGGAACACACACUCUUGAAUAUUUAUUGAUAAUGGACAAAAAAAAAAAAAAAAAUGUUGACAUACGGUUCUUCUCUGACGGCGGUAUCUAUUUUUCAAAGUUUUAACUCGCUUUUGCAUAUAAAUGUUUUAAGACUUGUCUUUAAUUUAAUGUUCACUGAAUUGAGUUUGAGUUUGAACUGAGUUUAUAUACUUAAAAGAAAUACUAUAACAAUGCAUUGACUCGGAAUUUAAAUAAAAUUUAUAUUUCAGUUUUUAUUAUUUUAUUGUGAUGUCGUUCCGUCAUUUCUUAUAAGCCAAUAUAAUAUACAUGUGUAAUUUAGUAUAUGACUCUAAAUGACAAUGUGUAAUUUAGUAUAUGAUAUAAAUAGCAUUCUUAAUUUGAAUUAUUUAAUU